UCAUGCUAGCCAACACGCUUGGCUUCGUGGCCUAUGUCAUCAACGACAGCCUCGGCAACGUCCCAGAGGCAUGGUCCACCAGUCCUUCCUUUAAGCGCGCCGGGUUUUGUGUCGCGAACGAGGAGGCGCCGCUCGCGUCAUCGCACAUGCUGUGCUUCUACGUUGACAGCGCGACAGCCCUCGCACUUAUACUUCUCGGAAUGCGGUAUGGUGGCGUGGCGGGCAUCAAGGGAUCGACCGUCCUAACAGCCGCUCCCGGCAUCUUUGGUCACGGCCUCGCCCACCUCAGCAUUUGGGCUGGCAAGAUUCCGACAGAGGGCGAGGCGCUCGUUGUCGAUCGCACCACUUCCUUGUCGCCGCUCUCGCUCGCGCCGCGCAUCUUUGGCCUCUGGGCCUUCUUCUUUGCGAUCCUCCGCUCGCUCCCCUCCAUCUCCGAUCGGGCCGCGGCGGCGCACGCGGCCAUCCACGGCCCCGUCCUCACGCUCUUUGUGCCCGCCCGGCUCGGCUUCACCUACGUACAAACCGCGCUCCUCGCAGUGGCUGCCGCCCACGAGCUGCUGCGCCGCGACAAGGACUUUUACUAUGACGUCGCGGCGGUCGCCAUCAACCUGCCGGUCGGUUUCGUCGCCUGGCUCGAGGCGGUCGCUUGCGACAGCUUCUUGGGCCAGAGCGCGGUGACGUACAAGGCGGCGGGAGGGCACGUGCUCUACGAUGGCACCAUCUGCCUCUCCAUGUUUGUGUACUACGCCGUCGUGCUCUCGUCUCAGCCGCGUGCGAAACAGAGCUAGUCUGCGCUGCCCCCUCUGUAGUCUGUAUCGAUCUGUAGAGGCCUUUCCCGUACGGUCCUGAUUCGUGGCAGCUCCGCCGCUAUGUAUGCGUCAGCUAUAGAGAGCGAGAGUGGCGUGCCCUUCUGUUGUCGUUUUGCAGCUGUGCACGACAUGUCACAUUCAACGUAGUGUACUACAGAAAUAGCGCUGAGUUUCUCAUUC